AUGUCGAGUGCCAAAGCUGGAAAGAAGAGCGGCCGCUCCGCCAUCGCCGAUGUUGUUACUCGCGAGUACACCAUCCACCUUCACAAGAGAGUCCAUGGCGUCUCCUUCAAGAAGAGAGCACCAAGAGCCAUCAAGGAGAUCCGUGCAUUCGCUGAGAAUGCGAUGGGCACAAGAGACGUCCGCCUCGACCCUCAGCUCAACAAGAAGGUCUGGGAAGCCGGUAUCAAGGGUGUUCCGUUCAGACUCCGCGUUCGCAUCAGCCGCAAGCGUAACGAUGAGGAGGGCGCCAAAGAAAAGUUGUACUCUUUCGUUCAGGCCGUCAAUGUGAAGGAUGCCAAGGGUCUCCACACCUCUGUGAUUGAGGAUGCUUAG